AUGCCAGGAACACCGAUAAAGGAAGAGAACGAUACAUUACAAAAACUGCAAAUAACGGAACGUCCUCCGGUUGCAAAUUUGCCCGUUGUGCGGGAAAUAACGCAGACCGAUAGAUUAAAUAAGAAAUUAUUAGUGUCUCUUUUAGAAAGAAUGAAUAAAUCGAGUGACGAAUUCGAUAAAUUUAUGGACAAGGGAAAUACUAGUUGUGAUUCUCAAGAUGAUAGUGAAUUUUAA